UACUUUGUUUACUAUAAGGUUUCAUGUCUGCCAUAAAGUGAAAACGCAAUGGAUGACCAAGUGAAGUCGUUUUAUUUAUUGAGUAAACAAACCGUUACGCGAUUUAGCUGUAAGGUGACCGCUUGCAUUUGAGGUUAUAUCCGAUAACCUAUUUUAAAUUACGAGAGUUUUAUCUAUUUUCGUAAAGUUUUAUCUGUGAAAUUCCCAUUAAACAAACACAUUUAGUGCUUCGCAGGAGUCGACAGAUCAGACAUGGUGGUAUCCGGGGAACAGCCAACAGUGGAGGGGGACACGGGCACCAGCAAGAAAGCUGCCAAGAAGGCCGCCAAAGCCGCUGAGAAGCAGCAGAAGAAAGCUGAACAUAAGGCAGCAAACCCACAAGGGCAGGCCGAAGGUCCGGAGGAGGACAUAUCGGAGGGCCGAUAUGGGGUGAUGAAGAUGAUACAGUCCUCCGGGGAGCACCAGGACAGAGUGUACACCAAUGUCAAGGAUCUGGGAGUGAAGCUCGACGGCAAGAAUGUUUGGGUCAGAGCUCGCCUCCAAACGUCGCGCGCUAAAGGCAAACAAUGCUUCGCGGUGCUCCGACAGAGCUGCAGCACUGUCCAGCUGCUUAUCAGCGUCAGCGAGGAGAAGAAGGUCAGCAAGCAGAUGGUCAAAUUUACUGGCAACAUAACAAAAGAAUCGAUAAUCGACGUGUACGCAACCGUGGUAAAGACGGCGUCCCCAGUGGAGUCGUGCUCCAUCCAGCAGGUGGAGCUGGUGGGCAGCGAGGUGUGGGUCGUGUCGGCUGCGAGGGCGCAACUACCGCUGCAGAUUGAAGAUGCUGCUAGGCCAGAGCGGAGUGACGACCCUGAAGCCCUGAGGAUCCGCGUAAACCAAGACACUCGUUUGGACAACCGCGUCCUGGAUCUGAGGACGCCGGCCAACCAGGCCAUCUUCCGGAUAGAGGCCGGCGUGUGCCGCCUGUUCAGAGAUAUACUCACCAAGAAGGGUUUCGUAGAGAUCCAUACACCGAAGAUAAUCUCCGCUGCGUCAGAAGGCGGUGCCAACGUGUUCACCGUGUCUUACUUCAAGAGCUCCGCGUAUCUCGCGCAGAGCCCGCAGCUGUACAAACAGAUGGCUAUAGCAGCUGAUUUCGAUAAGGUGUUCACAGUGGGCGCGGUGUUCCGCGCCGAGGACUCCAACACGCACCGCCACCUGACAGAGUUCGUGGGGCUCGACCUGGAGAUGUCCUUUACGAGCCACUACCACGAGGUGCUGUUCACCAUCGCCGGCACCUUCACCGAUAUGUUCACACAGCUGCAAGAACAGUUCGCGUCGGAGAUAGCGACUGUGGGCCAGCAGUUUAGGGUGGAGCCAUUCAAAUUCCUCGACCCGCCGCUGCGGCUGGAGUUCCCUCAGGCCAUACAGAUGUUGAAAGAAGCUGGAGUGACCCUGGGCGAAGAGGAUGACCUGUCCACCCCGGAUGAGAAGCUGCUCGGCAGGCUGGUGAAGGCCAAGUACGACACGGACUUCUAUAUCCUGGACAAGUAUCCGCUGGCGGUGCGGCCCUUCUACACCAUGCCCGACCCCAAUAACCCGAAAGUGUCAAAUUCGUACGACAUGUUCAUGCGAGGCGAGGAGAUCUUGAGUGGUGCGCAGAGGAUACACGACCCCGACUUCCUGAUGGAGCGGGCGAAGCAUCACGGCAUCGAUGUUAACAAGAUCGCUGCGUACAUUGAAUCAUUCAGGCUGGGAUGUCCGCCUCAUGCAGGUGGAGGUAUAGGCCUGGAGCGUGUGGUGAUGCUGUAUCUCGGCCUGGACAACAUUCGGAAGACUUCCAUGUUCCCGCGUGACCCCAAACGCGUCACGCCGUGAACAUGUCUUAAUAUGACCAUAACGUCUGUUUUAAGUUAUGUAUGAAACUUUGUAAAAAACAAUAAAUUGUAUUUACAUUUAAA